CCCUGACAGUAUACAAACCUACUUUAAACCUUCAGUGUUAUUUUGCAAGAAGUUCAGACCAGCAACAGACAGGAAUGAGUAUGACGGGUGUUGCCGUUCUCUGUCUCCUUGUGGUGGGUGUUUGGGGGCAGUGCUGUCCCCCGGAUGUCUACGAGAUCACGAUGGACGUCGUUUAUGGAAGAGCGGAAAUAACAAGAGAAAUGGAGCGUGUGUCAUAUGACGGAGAGUCCAAACGAAUAUAUAUCCACGCAAUCAACUACAUUAAUAAUAUAGUGUCUGAAGUCAUUAUGGACUACAAAAAUGGAAAGGAAUAUUUGUGGGGUAAUGGAUACUGCCAAGUUUUACCCGUCGGAAAUUUCAGCAAAUCGUGCAUACCUGAAACUGCUAAACUAUUAUCCCAAUCAUACAUGGGGGCAGCCCCACAUGAGCUAUCAGUAAAGAUGUACUCAUUUGAGAAAGACUCGUACGAAGGGUUUGCAACGGUAACCGCGGAAUGUACACCUAUAGAGGACUAUUUCUCCAACGUUGCAAAAGGUUACAUUCAAUUCGCCGUGUACUCCAACUUCUCCACUGGAAUAAAGGACCCCAGCGUUUUCACUCCGCCAGAGAUAUGUCAUAAGGGAAUGAGUUCUGCACACAUUGCUGGAAGAAGAAAGCGGAGAUUCACCCUCUUUUAAAGACUUUGUCAUAUGAUUAUAAAUCUUCAUGUCAUAUGGUUUUAUUUUAAACCAUGUCAGAUUUGGAAUUAUUAUACUUGUAAAUGAAAUAUUAUGAGAGAAUAUUAAAUGACUACUGUUUUAAUUUUUAUCUGA